CAUAUUUUUCUCUUAUUUUUCUAAGGAAUUAAUAGAAUAGAAAAAUUAAGAACCCAUGCUGCGUUCAUACCCUAAAGGAUAUCUGGAUAUUACAGUUCAAAGGACCAUUUUGAAUAAAGUUGUGUCGAGCUCCAAUAGGAUACAAUGUCUACAUUUUAAAGACUUUCUUACUGUGUUACUUGCAAAUGCUUAUUGCUCAAAAAACACGUUUUUUGCAGAGAUAUCUUCUUUAUUUCAGGUAUAAGAAAGAUAGGACUACGAAAAUAUAUUAACACCUUCGUCGUUAACCCAGUUCUUUUUUGUUGGUUUCAUUACUCAGCCUUCAUCAACAUGACAACGCGUUAAGUUUUUAUCGAAAAUAAAAUGCCAGGGCCACAAAGGAAAUUACAUAAUUAUCUGGAACCUACAGGAAAGGCUAUUUUCGAACAUCAUGAAUGCAACACUUUGGCGCCUAGAAAUGACGUCAUUGUAAUAAGUCAAAUCGAGGCGCCGGGAUUCAUUCCGCUUUCAACUACUAGUCUUUAAAUCUAAAAUUACAAAGAAUACCGUACAGUCACCGACAUGUCGGUGAAUUACGCCGCUGGACUUUCACCUUAUGCGGACAAAGGUGUCUGCGGUCUUCCUGAGAUUUUUGAUGGUCCUGAGAAGUUGAAGACUAAGGUGGAGACCCUCGCUCAGCUGAUAAAAGACUCUGAGUACUUGGUUGUUCACACUGGAGCAGGAAUUAGCACUGCAGCAGGCAUCCCUGACUUCAGGGGUCCAAAGGGUGUGUGGACGUUAGAAGAAAAAGGUGAGACGCCUCAUUUUGACACAACAUUUGAAGACGCCAGACCCAGUUUGACUCACCUUGCCCUGUUGGGACUGCAGAGGGCAGGGUACCUCAAGUAUCUCAUCAGCCAGAAUGUAGAUGGCCUCCAUGUCCGAUCAGGCUUCCCCAGAGACAUGUUAUCAGAGCUUCAUGGAAACAUGUUUGUGGAGGAGUGUGAGAAAUGUGGCAGGCAGUACGUCAGAGAGAAAGUGAUUGGUGUGAUGGGGCUGAAACCGACAGGACGUUACUGUGAUGUGGUUCGCUCCAGGGGGCUCAGAGCCUGCAGAGGGAAACUCAUCAGCACUAUCCUGGACUGGGAAGAUGCUCUUCCUGACAAAGACCUAAACAAAGCAGAGGAUGCCAGCAGACGAGCAGAUCUGGCACUGACUUUGGGCACAUCCAUGCAGAUCAAACCCAGUGGGGACCUUCCACUCCUCACCAAGCGGAAAGGUGGAAAAGUUGCCAUAGUCAACCUGCAGCCCACAAAACAUGAUAAGCACGCACACCUGCGUAUCCAUGGUUACGUGGAUGAAGUCAUGACACAGCUGAUGGAGCUGCUGGGACUGGAUGUACCAAAGUGGGAGGGGCCAACCAUUUGUGAGAGCUCCACAGCCUCCAUUGAGUCUACCACUGAUGUCAAACCAACAAAGACAGAAACUGCAAAGGAGAAGGUGAAAAAGGACCUCAUUAAGGAGGAAAGAAAAAGAGAAGCACCAUCAAUAAUAGAAGAUGGAAGUGCUAAGGAGGAGACGGUGUCAGUAAAGAGGGAGAGAGCAGAAUCCCCAGUUGGGAUCAACGACAAGAACUAGCCUCAGGAUUUUUUUCUUCAAACAGUUUCAAAACACACAUUUCAGCUGAGAGCCCUCUGAUCAAUUUCCCGGAAGAAGCAGACUCGUCAUGUACUGUAGUGGUUUUGACGAUACAAGAUUUUUGUUUUUGCUUGAGCAGCAGUGUGCACCAGAUACUCAUCAGAAAACAUCCAUAAGAAGCAGAACUGACCAUGUGAUUGUGUUAAGGGUAAAGAGUGGGACUACAUUUGGUGGCUGUUUGAUCAGGAAGGUUUUCGUUUCUAUUUUUUUCUCAUCAGCCAAUGUAAAGUCCAUUACAUACUAGAACACAGAACACAGACCUCCGCCAUGGCUAAUAGCCUUCUUUUCUUGUUCUACAAAUUAUGUCCUAUGUUUUCCUCCUUUUUAGCACCGCAGUAACAAUAGGGUUGGUCAAUUUACUUUUUUACCUGUGACGAUAAUUACUUCCAAGUCAACCCGGGACUCCUUCAUAUUAAAAGAUAAAAUAAAAUAGCCCCAAAUGUUAUAUUCGGUUGUCUCACUGACUUUUAUUUGAUCAAAUUCAGAGAAAUCCAUCAGUGUAGAAGUGUGUAUCAACUGGUCGCCUUACUGUCAGUGGCAUCAUUUCAGAGCGACACAGGAUGUAUCAAACAUUGUAAAAAAAAAAAAAGAAUCAAGAGACCACUGGUUUUCCUGUAUACCAGUAUGUGCUGGAGUAAAAAUAAUACAAGAACAACAAUAAUAAUAAUAACUUUUUUAUUAUUUAUUGCUCCAAAAAUACCAAAUAUUGCAGCAUUUUCGGACCUCAAAUAAUGCAAAGAAAUUAAGUUCACAUUAAUUUCUAAACACCAAAAUACCAAUGUGAUGCUCCUGGCACAAAAUAUUUUUGUAUUUGUGAUCCUCAGUCUUUGGUUUGUAAAGGGGAUCCAGUCUAGAAGUUUAGAGACAUGGCUUAAUUUUUUUCAAGACUGUCUUUAUUGAGGUGCCUGUUAAAUUUUAGUUUGGUCAUGCAUUGUACUAUAUGUUUACAUUAUUUGGGAAAGGUAAUUGCGUAUUGUGCUGCCCAUUAAUUCUUUCAGUAUUAACUUCACUGAGGGACUUCUAGCAGCAGAACGUACAUACUGUGCACCUAAAGAGAGUGUAAACAAUCCCAGCCUACAACCUUUUGUAUGGAUUUGCUCCAAAUUCUUAGUUUUAUCCUCAGCUCAUUCAUAGCCUCUAACCGCAUUUCAUGAAAACAAAUGCAGUGUCGACAAACAGAGAAGCAAAUGGGAGUGAUCGCCUAUCCUCCAUGGUGAAGGUAAUUAGGUGAUGUAAAUGUUCUGCCAUUUUCUAGUAAAUUAAAUUAGUGUACAAGGACACGGCAAGGGAAAUAAUUGCAAAGGAGGAAAGAUAAAAUCUAGAGCACACCCUUAAAAAUAAAGCGUUCAAUAAGGAAUGUGGGGCUACUGCACAUUAUUAAUAGCCUCUGUACUCAGUGUGCUCCAAAUCUCGUCCCCGCAGAUGUUACCUUUUACAGCAACAAACAGGCCUGAAUUCAACUUCCAUUUUAAAACCAGCUAGAAGCAAACUGUAACACUCGGAAGACAUGAUUAAACUCCAUCUCUAAAUGUACAAACGGACUCUCUGCCUGGAGUGGCAUGUAUAAUUCCUUCUUUUUUUUUCUGGAUAAUGGGGCACCUGCUAGAGAUGGGCUAUAAGUGGAACAUGAUAACACUGUUUCUGAGAAAAAACAUUUUGAACUCAGGAAAAAAAAACAUUGUACACCAGAUGAAAGCCACUUUACUGUUUAUUCCUUUAGUAUAGUGAUUUGUUAAUAAAUGUGAAUUCCUAGUAGCUGGUGUGUGGGGUCUUGGUGUUGUGUAUUGUCUUGUAUGAUGGCUGUGGUGUGAACCAGUAGAAAGUAUCAUCAUGUUUGUCCUUCUUUAUGUUUUUCCAAGAAGCAAUUUAUAUCUUAGUAAUCAAUUGUAUAAUGAUUAAAUGGCAUGCACUGAGCUGUGCAUUAUGGAAUAUCCUCCACACACACAGA